UUGCUGAUCCUCUGCUCAUGGUGUGUCGACAGUUACUGUCAAGGUUGUCUACCUGGCCUUGUCUACAAUCUAAAUCAUGGCAAACAUACUACAUGUUAUCUUCUAUUUCUCUGCGUCAGAGUAAGUUAUAGCAAGGGCAUGGCUAUUUCAAUCUUGUUACUGACGAGGAACAACAGAUCGCUCCUUUCUGACAUCGUUGCCUGUGUCGUUGCAAAAAACCAUGGCAUUUUGUGGCCAAGACAAUGCAACCAAGAAAACUGUAAUAUCCUGUCAAGGAAGACUCCACUUUGCAACUGAUUAACUUGGCCCUUUUUUCACAGAACAACUCUACUUUUGCGUUAAAAACACCGAAAGGCACUCGCGAUUACAAUGACAGGGAAAUGGCCGUCCGUGAAAAGAUGUUCUCGACAAUAGCGUCCAUCUUCAAACGCCAUGGAGCCGUUACUAUCGAUACCCCUGUGUUUGAAUUGACCGAGAUCUUGGCCGGCAAAUACGGCGAAGACAGCAAACUCAUUUACGAUUUGGCCUACCAAGGCGGUGAGCAAUGUUCCUUACGCUAUGACUUGACCGUGCCUUUUGCUCGUUUUUUGGCAAUGAACGGAAAAGAAUACCAGAAUAUCAAACGGUACCAUAUUGCCAAGGUUUAUCGUCGUGAUCAGCCUUCCAUGAGCAAAGGUCGCCUGCGCGAAUUUUAUCAAUGCGAUUUCGAUAUUGCCGGUACCUAUGAUCCCAUGAUUCCCGAUGCCGAGGUUCUAAGGAUAUUGUGCGAAACACUGGAUGCAUUGGACAUCAAGAAAUACACGAUCAAGCUGAAUCAUCGUAAAAUCUUGGAUGGUAUCUUUGAGCUGUGUGGUGUGCCUGCCGAUUCGAUUCGCAGUAUCUCAUCUGCCGUGGAUAAAUUGGACAAAUUACCGUGGUCCGACGUAAAGAAGGAAAUGACGGAUGAAAAAGGGUUGGCAGCUGAAGUGGCCGACAAGAUUGGAGAAUAUGUUCAACUCAAGGGCAACCAUCUACUGCUGGAUCGCUUGUAUGAUGAUAUGAAGUUGGUCAACAACGGAAAAGCGUCGGAAGGUUUGCAAGAUAUGAAACUGCUGCUGGAUUAUCUGGAUGUAUUUGGUAUCCGUGAUAAAAUAUCGUUCGAUCUGUCUCUUGCACGUGGCUUGGAUUAUUAUACGGGCAUCAUCUAUGAGGCCAUCACGGAGGAGGCCACGGACGGUGUUGGUUCGAUUGCAGCCGGUGGUCGUUAUGACAAUCUGGUUGGUAUGUUUUCAGGAACAAACAAGAAAGGCAAGCCGUCACUGCAGAUCCCUUGUGUCGGCGUUUCCAUUGGCGUUGAAAGAGUAUUCUCCAUCCUCAUGGCGCGACAACAGGCGACAAAGAGUAAGGCCACCGAAGUGUAUGUGAUGUCGGUAGGCGGUUCGUUGCUGAAAGAUCGCAUGCGUAUUGCCCGAGAACUCUGGGAUGCGGGAAUCAAUGCAUCCUUCAUGUUCAAAAACAAAGCAAAGCUGGACAAGCAGUUCACUGCGUGCGAAAAGGAUCAGAUUCCUUUGGCAGUGAUCAUUGGUGAAGAUGAGCUGAAUCAGAACGUUGUAAAAAUCAAGGAUAUGCGACAAAAAGAUGAAGCACAAGGCGGCGGUAUCACCGUAGAACGCAAUAGCAUGAUACGGGAGCUCAAAGCCCGAUUGUAAAUAGACUCAACUGUACAGUGCAUAUACCGUAGAUCUUUCUUCUUCUCCUUCAUCAUAAUUUCAUUAAAAGAAAAAAAGCCAUUCAUU